CUGGACUCGUAGAAGAAACAAACAAGAGAGUGGUUCGUAUCAAUCACGCCACAAGCAUAACUCAAUUUUCCAAUACACAAUACAAUGGUGGUAAUAAACAAUCCCUUUUUCUUCACUUUCGAGUUUCAACGUUCAUCAUCGAUUUCAGAAUUCAGUUUUUGAAUUCCGUUCCGUUUCGCCAUGGCGUUGAGAAUCGGCGGCAGAAAACUCUCCUUCGAGGUUCUCCGGCGAAGCGAAGACGACUCUCUCGACAACCGUUCCAAUUCGGAUCCAACCCAAUCCAAUCGCAAGAAGCGCAAGCACCGAGCCUCCAGGAGGAAAAAGAAACAUCUCGAUCUCGAAGAUUCCAUCGCCGAUUCCGGAGAUCCGAAUUCGAAGAGAGAUGCACCACUCGAAAACGGACGAGCCUGUAACGGUUUCGAGCUCGACGCUCGCAUGUGCUGCGCUGCUGUCGGAGGAAGCGUUGUGUGCGAGGAGGUGCGUGAAGCGAGCGUCUGUACGGUUGCGGAGGCGCGUGACGCCGAGACUGAGCUUUCGACGAGCGCGCUCGGUGCUGGCGAGGGGUUUAAUUUUGGGGAAUUGAGGCAGAGAAAUGUGAAUGGUUGCAGUUCUGAGGAUUUAGCGGCUUCGGUGGUGGGCGAUGACGUUGGGACUGGGAAGGACGAUGGUGGUGUGGAGAAGCCGACGAACGAGCCUGAUAGGAAUGUUGUCACGAAAUUGGAGAAAUUGGAGACGGUGGAAUCGUUGGACUGGAAGCGUCUAAUGGCAGAAGAUCCGAAUUAUAUAUUUUCAGUGGAUAAGUCUCCUGUAGCAUACUUUUUGGAGGAAAUGUACAAUGGAAAUUCUUUACGGAGCACAACUACUCUUGGAAACGAAAAAGAACGAGAGAGAGUUUAUGACACUAUCUUCCGCUUGCCAUGGAGAUGCGAAUUGCUUAUAGAUGUUGGCUUCUUUGUCUGCUUCGAUUCAUUUCUUUCAUUAUUAACUAUCAUGCCAACAAGGAUCAUGAUGACCGUUUGGAGGCUUCUCAAGACAAGGCAGUUCAAGAGGCUGUCAACAAUUGAAUUGUCAGAUUUUGGCUGUUUUGUUAUUAUGAGUUGUGGAGUCAUUCUUUUGCAGCGAACAGACAUCAGCUUAAUAUAUCAUAUGAUCCGUGGUCAAGGAACAAUAAAAUUAUAUGUGGUCUACAAUGUUUUAGAGAUAUUUGAUAAAUUAUGUCAAAGUUUUAAUGGGGAUGUGUUGCAAACAUUAUUUCAUACUGCUGAAGGACUUGCAAAUUGCCCCCCAGAAAGUAUGAGAUUCUGGAUAUGGAGAUUUUUUUCUGACCAAGCUUUAGCUGUGGCUGCUUCAAUUGCUCAUUCUUUUAUCUUAUUAGCUCAGGCAAUCACUUUAUCAACCUGUAUAGUUGCUCACAACAAUGCGUUGUUAGCUUUGCUGGUGUCAAAUAAUUUUGCUGAGAUCAAAAGUAAUGUGUUUAAGCGUUACAGCAAGGAUAAUGUUCACAGUUUGGUUUACUUUGAUUCUGUAGAGAGAUUCCACAUUUCAGCAUUUAUCCUAUUCGUUUUGGCUCAAAAUAUUCUGGAGGCAGAGGGUCCCUGGUUUAAAAGUUUUCUCAUUAAUAUCCUCUUGGUUUAUGUAUGUGAAAUGGUUAUUGAUAUUAUCAAGCAUUCAUUCAUUGCUAAAUUCAAUGACAUUAAGCCCAUUGCAUACUCUGAGUUCCUUGAAGACCUCUGUAAACAGACUCUAAACAUGCAAACUGAGGGUUCAAAGAAAAACUUGACUUUUGUCCCCCUUGCUCCAGCGUGUGUGGUUAUUCGAGUGCUCACUCCAGUAUAUUCUGCAAACCUUCCUCCCAAUCCCCUUCCAUGGAGGCUUUUCUGGAUUCUGCUUUUCUCAGCAACGAUUUAUGUCAUGCUCACAAGCCUCAAGGUUCUCAUUGGUAUGGGCCUACAGAAACAUGCCAGUUGGUAUAUCAAACGCUGCCGAAGGAGGAAGCACCAUCUUCAUGCAGAUUAGUUUAGAAAGCAAAAUAUUGCUGUCUCGAGUUGUUGUGCUCUGCUGCCCAAGGAUUCCUCCGCUUGUUCCCGAAGAACAUUUGUUGAAAGACCUCACGGAGAUAAUGCCUUGACUCUCGAAUUAUCAUCGGUGCCUGGCGUAUAUGAGAACAAUUUUAUGUUCGAUCUGUUGGUUUAUAACUUGAAGGCGAGGCUAUAAAUGGGUUUCUCCUUGCAAUUUUGAUAGCAAGAUAUAAUUUGAUGAUUACAGAAUAAGAAUAGGAAGAUAUAGGCUGCAUAGUUGCCCUCUAAUCAAAUUUGGCCAAUUCAAUUAAAAAUAACAUCACAUUUUUCAUUUUUUUUUUUAAUUUAAUAUCGACAUUUCUCUGUAA